UCACGUCUCUUUAUUUUUUCCCCAAAUAACGGGGGGUGGAGGGUGAGGAUGCAAUCAGUCACUGAACCGGUUUAGCAUCACCAAGUCAAGACCCAACAGCCUCCCCCCUCCCCCACCACCAAAAAAAACACUGACAUCGCUUUCAGUUUCACUUCCAAACGUUUCCACUCGCCGAGGAAAUGGCUGCUCCGAUUGUGACCCGCACUCUUGAGGAAGAGUUGAUCUGCUCCAUCUGCUUGAGUGUCUACGCGGAACCGGUUUCGCUCAGCUGCGGCCACAGCUUCUGCAAGGCGUGCGCGGAGGAGUUCUGGCAGUCCCAAGAGGCCGGGGGCAGGUUCUCCUGCCCCGAGUGCCGGGUCGAGUUCGGCCAGAGACCUGCCCCGAGCAGGAACGUGAAGCUGUGCAGCAUCGUGGAGCAGUUCCAGAAGGUCCAGGUCACUGCAAACCAGGUCUGGUGCGACUUCUGCUUGGACCAGCCUUUGGCCGCGGCCAAGACCUGCCUGAACUGCGAGACCUCCCUGUGCGACCUCCAUCUGCAGAAGCACCUGGAGAAACCCGCUCUGAAGCAUCACCACAUGGUGGAGGCCACCCUGUCUCUGGCGGAUAGAAAGUGCCCCGAGCACCAGGAGCUCCUGAGGUAUUACUGCGGCAACGAUGGCGUUUGCGCCUGUGUGACUUGCUACGUGGCCGGAGCCCACAGGAACCACGACGUGAAGACACUGAAAGAGGCGCACGACGAGAAGAGAGCCGCCUUGAGCCAAACCCUUCGGCGGCUGAACGAAGCGGGUCGGCUCACGGACGGCGCUUCCGCGGAGUUGGCGGACAACGUGAGGGCGGUGGAAGGGACGGGGGCGGACAUGAGGGAUAAAAUCGCUGCUCUGUACCGGGAGAUCGGAGCCUUUCUGGGAAAGAGGGAAAGGGAGACCCUGGAUUGCAUUAACGCCCAGGAAAGCGACGUCGUCAAUCGGCUGAAAGUCCAACAGGAAGAAGUGGAGUGCAGGAAGCGCGGCAUUUCCAAAGCCCUGAAGCAAUUGCAGGUCCUGUACGACCAACGCGACCCUGUGGUUUUCUUCAAGGAAUUCGCGGCUCGGGAUCCGGGGAUAAUCUCCGCCGAAGAGCACUCCACCCAAGUGACCAAGGAAAGCCUGGACAUGAAGAUGAUGUCGGUGAUGGUGCAGAAGAAGCUUGAAGGUGUUGCGGGAGAAACCGAUGCCUUGUUAGCAAAGCACGGCUUCCACACACAAGGCGGCUCACAGCUGACUUUCGACCUGAACACGGCCAACAGGCAUUUGGUGUUUUCGAAUGAUCUGAAGACGGUAUCGUGGAAAGGUGAACUCGAGCCGUACCCGAACUCCCCCGAACGGUUCGAGCACUAUUCCCAAGUGCUUUGCUCUCAGGGCUUUUCCUCGGGCUGUUAUUACUUUGAAGUGGAGAUCCCACGCGAGCACACAAUGUACCUGGUUGGAAUCACGUACAAAGAGAUCAAGAGAAAGGAAAACAGAACCGCGGCACUCGUGGGCUUCAAUAAUUUGUCCUGGAGUGUUUUUUGGCGUAACCGUAAUCUGAUAGGAUUGCACAACUCGAAAGGAACGCCCCUGACAUACACUGCGUAUCCUUGUAAAAUUGGCAUUUGGCUGGAUUACGACUCGGGUGUGUUGUCCUUUUACCAGGUAGCUGACACACUCACACACUUGUGCACGUUUGAAACUGUAUUCACUGAUCCAGUUUUUCUUGGGGUUUGUAUUCAGGGGGCAGGAUCGUUUGCUACUCUGUGCUAGUAAACCAAUACCUCUCAUUUUAUGUGUUCAGGGUUGAACGUGGCACCAGUAAAUUGCUUAUAUCAUGUCACAGUGACUUUUUAUUCUUGAGCUUGAUCUAUGAUACUUCGACCAAAAAUGUUUCACAGCCAGAAUGUAUUAAUAAUCUUCAUUGUCAAGUAAUCUGAAUAUGAUUUGGUAUUUUAUCAGAAAAGCCAUGCAAAUGUAUUAUACAUAUGAAAUAAAUGUCAUCUCCCUGAUGGAUUGGAAAUAAAUGAUUCAGAAAUCAGUCUAUUGCUUUCUGAAUUAUUCACAUCAGACUAGAUUAUUCAAUUUGAUUAUAUUCUGUUUCUCAAUAUGUUACCUAUGAUUGAUGACUCCAUUCACAUUCCAAUUAUUUGCAUUGAACAAUCAAUAAUACGAGUGCACAUUCUUCUGCUUUUCCUUUAAACUUUUGACAUCAAUUCACUCCCGUGACUCCCGUCUAUUAACUAACCAUGAACUUAAAUAUUUGCAGUUUGAUUCAUUUAAUACUACCCUUUAAUGUUUUAGUAAGUCAAGGGAAUGUAAAGUUAUUUUAAAUAAAUAAAAUCCUGGAUAUUUCAAUAGCUUGCAAAGUGUUAAUAGUUUUGAAAGAAUGUGUGGAUGUAGUAAAGGAUUAGCCAGGAAAUAAACAUGACAAAAUAAUAAUGCACUAACCAAUAAAGGAAGAGAUAAUAUAUGCGGGGAGGGGUCUUUAUGAAGUCUUUAGGUGCAAUUUGAAUAAGAUGCGAGUGUUUUAGUACCUAUUUUAGUGAAUCUCUUUGUUGUGUAUCAUUGGCCUAAAUUUAAUAAAUAGUGUUUAAUGCA